AUGGCCUCACAAAGCAGCGCCCAACCCGGCCAAAUCGAAAUCACAAGCCUCCCCCUCCCCCAACUCCGCGACCUAAAAUCCCAGCUCGACGCCGAACUCACCCACCUCUCCAACUCCUUCACCUCGCUACGCACCGCGCAGUCCAAAUUCCGCGACUGCCUCUCCUCGCUCGCCAACGGCAUCAACACCAACGCGGCCGCGAAACCGCUGCUCGUCCCGCUGACCUCGUCGCUCUAUGUGCCGGGCCAGCUCACAGACGCCGAGCACGUGCUCGUCGAUGUCGGGACGGGAUUUUUUGUCGAGAAAGAUGUAAAGGGCGCCGAGGCGUUUUAUGAGCGCAAGGUCAAAGACCUGGGGGAGAGUUUGAGGGAUCUCGAGGGUGUGAUUCAGGGCAAGGCGCAGAAUGUUAGGGUGGUGGAGGAGGUUAUGAGGGUCAAGGUGUUGAGUCAGCAGGAGGAUGAGGGCAAGGGCAAGGGGAGUUGA